GUUUAUUAUAUAAAAGAUUACAUAUUUAAAAAUGUACCUUGUAUAAAAUAUCCAACCGGUACCAGAAUCUCCUAUUUUAAUGCCGCUAGAGUAAUAACUUAACUAUUUGUGCAUCAUCCAUGGACUCAUUCAAAGUUGUAACCGUAAAAUAUAUUUCGUCCCGCUAUUGUCCCAUUUUACUUUAUCGGUUCGUCCCACUAAGAUUAUCCCAUACUAAAUUUUGUAAAGUUUGUGUGACUCUAAUUUAUCCUUACUAUAUUCUUACUUUAUGAAUUCAAUAUAAACCACAUAAAACACUUUUAUUAAUUUGUGUGUUGCUCCUUUUGUACCCGGAUUUCAUCUUUUAAUUAAAGCCCAGAAUUUCUGCCAUUUUUAUCUCCCAGUAUAAACUCGCCACCCACAAUCCGCCAUAGAGGAGAUCUCUCUCUUGCGUAAAAAAACAGAGUCAAAAACCUCGUUCAUACCAAUCCAAACAGUGGGUCCACUGUACAUUUCGCGAACCUUCACUCCUCGUCUUCGAUAGAAGCAUCCUGUGAUUCGGGUCCUGCAGGAUUGUGAUCGCCGGAGGGUUGAGCAUGACUCAAUCGAUGUCGGGGCUUUCUCACCUUGAUGCUUUACCAUCCACGCCGGGGAAGCUGAAGACGGAGAAGAGUAAUAACUUCUAUCGGCUCCGGUUCUACCCCACCUACUUCCCAAGGUUUACCCUCGGAUCUUUCGCCUUAAGCCUCUUUAUCCUCCUGUUCCUGUUUUGCUCCCCGCCGGCGAAUCCCGGUACUAACCGCCGAAAUCUGGCGGACAUGGUGGAGCCGUCUCGCACGGCCCAUCUCGGCCCGAACUGGGAGCGUCGGGUUCGGGCGUCGGCCCUGCCUAGGUCUAAGAAGGGAUUCUCGAUCCUCGUGACCGGCGCUGCCGGAUUCGUCGGGUCCCACGUCUCCCUCUCGCUGAAGCGGCGGGGAGAUGGGGUUCUAGGGAUCGACAAUUUCAACAGUUACUACGAAAUUGGGCUGAAGAGGGCUCGGAAAACCAUCCUCGAGCGCUCCGGCGUGUACAUCAUUGAAGCGGACAUAAACGACGGCGUUUUGCUCCGGAAGCUAUUCGACGCCGUUGCUUUCACCCAUGUUAUGCAUUUAGCUGCUCAGGCAGGGGUCCGGUACGCAAUGCAAAACCCUAGCUCCUACAUUCACAGCAACGUAGCAGGUUUCGUGACUCUUCUAGAAGCCUGUAAGGCUGCGAAUCCCCAACCCGCCAUAGUCUGGGCAUCAUCUAGCUCUGUUUACGGUUUAAACUCCAAGGUCCCGUUUUCAGAGGACGACAUAACGGAUCAGCCUGCGAGUCUCUAUGCAGCCACGAAGAAGGCUGGCGAGGAGAUAGCACACACAUAUAAUUAUAUCCACGGGCUGUCAAUCACGGGGCUGCGAUUUUUCACGGUCUACGGGCCUUGGGGAAGGCCUGACAUGGCAUACUUUAGCUUCACAAAGGAUAUAUUGAGAGGCAAAGAGAUCAAGGUAUUUGAGACGGCUGAUCAUGGCUCUGUUGCAAGGGAUUUCACAUAUAUCGAUGAUGUCGUUAAGGGCUGUUUGGGGGCAUUAGACACGGCAAAGAAAAGUACGGGUAGCGGUGGGAAGAAGAAGGAGGCAGCGCAGCUGAGGAUUUACAAUUUGGGGAACACGAACCCGGUGCCUGUUGGGCGGCUAGUGAGCAUCUUGGAGAAGUUGUUAAAGGUAAAAGCUAAGAAGAAGGUGCUGGCAAUGCCAAGGAAUGGUGAUGUCCCGUUCACUCAUGCCAACAUUUCUUUAGCCCAGAGAGAGCUCGGAUAUAAGCCCACCACUGAUCUAGAGACCGGGCUGAAGAAGUUUGUCAAGUGGUAUGUCAGUUACUAUGGCUCCAAGAAGAGGAGUGCUUGGUGAUUUUGUCCCAAGUGAACAAAAUGUGUUUUAAUUGUUAGCAAGAAGAGGGUUCUGGUUUCAACAUCUUUGCCAACUAGGCAAGGGGUCUGGGACUGAUAUGUUUGCUUUGUCAAGCUUUGCUUGUAUAUUAUUUUGUUAGGAGCACCAAACCUCAGUGACAUUAUUACUCAUUAUUAGAUUUAUUUAUUAAUAAGUUAAAUUUGUGUGGUUUUACUUAGUUUUAAUAAGUUUGUAGAUACUCCAUCCUUUCUAUGAAAGAAGUCAUAGUUGCUAGGGGUUGUAUUUGUUGUCAGGGAGGUAUUGGCCCAACCUCAUGGAUCAUCAGUCCAAUAUGAUAGCAUCGGCAUAACGGCAUUGGGCCUGUCUGAUGCCCAAGCAGUCCAGCAAUCUAGCACAAACUAUUGGAUCAUCAGUCCAGCAACGUCAACAGUCCAAUAUGUCAGCAUCUGCAAUGGGCCAGCCUUGAUGCCCAACUAUUCCAGCAUCUAGCCCCGCGGAAUUCUGCUAUUGCUUUGGCGCUAGACCGCAAUGCCAUUGUGGUCGAUUGAAUGUACCGCCUAUGCUGACCAUUGAUGCUUUCAACCAUGAAUGACACAUUGUUUCUGUUGUUUACGGGUCGGUUUUAUAGACAUCGGUUUUAUAGACAUCGAGAGUAGCCAUCGGCCAU